AUGCGCAUGGACCCACCACUCCUGCUACCUGGUGGGGCCGCUGGAAGCCCCACUGCCUCGUCUCCCAGCUCCCCGGCGGCCCGGCCUGCUGUGCUGGCCAGGCCUGUUGGGCAGUGCCACCGGUGUCCCCGACACCGUCAGUCCUUACCUGUCAGUACGAUUAGUCACCUGCCCAUUAACGACAUCGUCCCUGCCCCUGGUGGCGGCAGUGGCGGUGGCGGUGGCGGUGAGGGCGGUGGCGGUGGCAGUGGCGCCUGCCUGUGCCCUUGCAGGUUGUGCAGCCUGACCUUGAAGAAGCUGGUGGUCUUCAAGGAGCUGGAGAAGGAGCUCAUCUCGGUGGUGAUUGCUGUGAAGAUGCAGGGCUCCAAGCGCGUCCUGCGGUCCCACGAGAUUGUGCUGCCCCCCAGUGGACAAGUGGAGACGGACCUGGCGCUGACCUUCUCCCUGCAGUACCCCCACUUCCUGAAGAGGGAAGGCAACAAGCUGCAGAUCAUGCUGCAGCGGAGGAAGCGCUACAAGAACCGGACCAUCCUGGGCUACAAGACGCUGGCCGCGGGCGCCAUCCACAUGGCCCAGGUGAUGCAGCGUCCGCCCGAGGGCGGCCAGGUGCUGAGCCUGUGCAGCAGCGUCAAGGAGGCCUCCGCCAAGGUGGCCGAGAUCUGGAUCUUCUCCCUGUCCAGCCAGCCCAUCGACCACGAGGACAGCACCAUGCAGGCCGGCCCCAAGGCCAAGUCCACGGGUGAGUGCACCCGCCAGGGGCCCCUUCCCUGCCUCCUGCCCCCCUGGCCGUCCUCCCGGGGCUGGCUGUGGGCCUCCCAGCCCUGCCCGCGGAGGCCGUGGCAUCGUCCGGCACAGAUGGCGCGGCUCUCUGCUGUCAUCUCGCAGCAACAGAACUUCAAGCAGAAAGUCGUGGCGCUGCUGCGCCGGUUCAAGGUGUCCGAGGAGGUGAGCGGGCCCCCUCCGCCCGUCGCCCUGCCCGGUCUCCCCACUGGUCACCCCUCCGCGCUUUGUCUGCGGGGCGGGUGGGCUGGGGACCCCUCAGGCUGCAGCCGAGGCCCAAGGAGACCAACCCCCUGCUCUGUUCCCCGCCCUCCUAGGCCCUACUUCGAAGGCCUGUCGCACUCCAGCUCACAGACGGAGGUCGGGAGCGUCCACAGCGCCCGAAGCCAGAAGGAGCCUCCCAGCCCGGCCGACGUGCCCGAGAAGACGUGGGCCCCGGGGGGCAAGCAGCCCAGCGACAGCGUCUCAGAGCCAGUGGCCCACGUAAGCAGACACAGUUCACCCGUGGCUGGAGCACAGACCACAGCCCUUUGCUCAGGCCGCCAGGGCCUCUGUGGACAGGGUGUGCCCGCCUGGCUGUGGGCCGCCCGGAGCACUGUGAUGGCUCCGCUGCCCUCGGGGUUCUCAGGAGGAGUUGAGUGCUGCCCACUUCUGGGUGCUGCCGGCGGGGGGAUGAGGGGGGUCGCUGUGGGGGUCACCGCUCCGCCCGGUGUGGACGGGCCGUGUCUCCAGAUCCCCAGGAAGACCGUGUACGAUCAGCUCAACCACAUCCUCGUCUCCGACGACCAGCCCCGCCUGCAGCGGCACACGCUGCCCGUGGUGUGCACCUGCUCCGCGGCCGACGUGCAGGCCGCCUUCAGCACCAUCGUCUCACGGAUACAGAGAUACUGCAACUGCAAUUCCCAGCCCCCGACGCCCGUGAAGAUCGCGGUGGCGGGGGCGCAGCACUACCUCAGCGCCGUGCUGCGGCUCUUCGUGGAGCAGCUGUCCCACAAGACGCCCGACUGGCUGGGCUACAUGCGCUUCCUGGUCAUCCCGCUGGGUGAGCGGCGCCCUCGCCCGGAAGCUGGGUGCUGGGCUUGGGCUCUGUGGUCAGAAACGCAGCGCAGGGCUUGGCGUUAAUCCCUGAAAGCAGCCAGUGCAGUGCAGGACACGCUGGACAUCGUGUCAAGGAUCACACAGUACAUCGCGGGGGCCAACUGCGCCCACCAGCUGCCCAUCGCCGAGGCCAUGCUCACGUACAAGCAGAAGAGGAAAAAGAACUUCCAUUUUGACUUUACCCUCAGCCCCGACGAGGAGUCCUCGCAGAAGUUCAUUCCCUUCGUGGGGGUGAGUUGUGUGUGGGUGGCGGCCUGGCCCAGGGGUUCUUGCGUCCUGGCUCUGUGGCUGGGGCCCUACACUGGCAGUGGUCAGAUUGUAUCGGUCUGGUUUUGCAUUAAGUGGAUUUUUCCAGAACCUUCGCCAGCCUCCCUCUGCUUCCCCAGCCAGGGUGUCGGCGCCGAGCUGAUGGGGCUGCAGGUGGAUUACUGGACGGCAGCCCAGCCCACAGACAGGAAGAGAGAUGCGGAGAAGAAAGACGUGCCUUCCGCCAAAAACACGCUCAAGUGCACCUUCCGGUCUCUCCAGGUCAGCAGGCUGCCCAGCAGUGGCGAGGCCACGGCCACGCCCACCAUGUCCAUGACCGUGGUCACCAAGGAGAAGAACAAGAAGGUGAUGUUUCUGCCCAAGAAAACCAAGGACAAGGACGUGGAGUCGAAAAGCCAGUGCAUCGAGGGCAUCAGCCGGCUCAUCUGCACAGCCAAGCACCAGCAGAACAUGCUGCGGGUCCUCAUCGACGGCGUGGAGUGGAACGACGUGAAGUUCUUCCAGCUGGCGGCCCAGUGGUCCUCCCACGUCAAGCACUUCCCCAUCUGCAUCUUCGGACACUCCAAGUCCACCUUCUAGCCCUGCCCUCGCCCUGCGUGGCCGAGCCCGGGAGGCCCAGCUGCUAUUCUGUUAACAUUUCAGUUUACGACAGAGACAGACCCUGGAAACACAACCGAAACCGUCUUAAGUGCGAUUGUGCUACAACCUGGAAACUAACGGGGUGGCCCCCACUGGGAGCCCCCAACCGCUCUGCUUAUUAACCAGACGCCCUGGCGGGCGGGAGGUCAGGCGGGCACUGUUGAGCUGGAGAAUCAAGGAAGGUGUGUUUCGGCCUCAGGACCCCUAACACUCCCGGCGAGAAGGGCUCUCGCCUUCUCCACCUGCCCUUCCUGCGGCCAGGACUCUGCUUCCCCGUGGAGCCGCUCGGCCUGUGCCCAGGACUCUGCUUCCUGGCCCCACAGACUCAGAGCUGAGCGGCCAGAGGCCAAGGGCUGGCCCCCAUUGGGGGCAUCCUGAGCAGAACCCAGGAGCAGCCCGCCAGCCCUGGGCCCAGCUGCCAACCAGCCAAGUGGCCCGCACCACCCACCCGUGGUUCCCAGUAAACUCCAUCCCCACGGGCAGCGGGGGUUUCACAGCAGCAGCUAUUUUUAAUGCUUUUAAAUACAUGUUACAAUGUGGCUGCCAAA